CCCAUUGGAAAAAUGGCCCCUGGUUUUUCAUUUUUCCCACUCCUUUUCAUUUUCUAUAAUAUAUACUUAUGCAGCUCUCUCACCCAUCGCUAUCCAUUAUUCUCCAUUUAUAUACAUCUCAACUUUCUACUCUUUUUUUCAUUGAAAUAAUUCGUCAGGCACAACACAGCAGCAGCAGCAGAGAUUUGUAAAUUUUCAUAAUUUGUAAGCAACUCAUACAUGUACAAUACUGUUCAUAGAACAGUACAGUAAAAUUGUGCUGCUCUUUUUCUGGAUUUUCUCGAAUUACUCAAUAUUUGGAUUAUGAUGACGGAGAAAAUCGAUCGAAAGGGUGACGAGAACGGAGAGUUGAAGAAGAAGCGGAAGCGGAGGAAAAUAGGAAUUACAAGGGUUCAGAAACUCUAUGGAACUUGCAAACAGGUUUUCGCUAAUUGCAAACCUGGCGUUGUGCCGUCACCGGAAAAUGUUGAACUUGUCAAGGCAGUUUUGGAUAAGAUGACUGAAGCAGAUGUUGGCCUAAGACCAAAUAUGCCAUAUUUCAAAUCAAAAGUAUCAGAUAGACCUCCUAAAAUAACAUACUUGCAUCUCCAUGAAUGUGACAAAUUCUCGAUUGGUAUCUUUUGCUUACCACCAAAAGCAGUCAUUCCUCUUCAUAACCAUCCUGGAAUGACAGUUUUCAGCAAGCUUCUCUUUGGGAAAAUGCACAUAAAGUCUUAUGAUUGGGCGGACAAUCUCCUUCCUGAAUCAACUACCCCAAAUGCCAAUAUUUCUGACAGGGAUUGUACAGGACUGCGUCUUGCAAAAUUGAAGGUGAAUUCCAAGUUUAAAGCUCCUUGCAAAACUUCAAUCCUCUAUCCAGCUGACGGAGGUAAUAUGCACUGCUUCACAGCAAAGACAGCCUGCGCCGUACUAGAUGUUCUUGGCCCACCUUAUUGUGAUCCUGAAGGUCGCCACUGCCAAUACUACUAUGACUUCCCCUUUGCCAACAUCUCAGUGAAUGGCUUGUCAGUACCAGAGGAACAGCAAAGUGAGUAUGCAUGGCUCAAAGAGAGAGAGAAACCUGAGGACUUAACUGUAGUUGGAGCACUGUAUAGUGGACCAAAUUUAGUGUAGUAAACUGAUGGAUCAAUUGCUUGUGUUGAAGAAGAAGAGGGUCUUCUUUUUUUUCUCCACUUUUUACUCUUUCCAGUGAUGAAUGAAUAGUCAAAAGGGAUAAAAGUUAGGAGGAAGAGUUUUUUUUUGUUUUUUUGUCGCGAAGAGCUCAUGUACAUGUACAUAUUCAGACAGAGGUAAGGAAGAAGGAACUGAGAAUGUAUGUAUUCUCAAAAUUGUAUGUAUAAACUAAUGUUUU